AUGGCUUCGGCUAAUGAAAUCGAUAUAAUAAGUGAACUACAAAAGAAACCAUUUUCUGUUCGACAAUCAGGCGAGCAAAAUAUACUCGUAAAGCAGCGGCCAAUUCCAAAUUUACAAGCGAGUACAGGCAAUAGAAGCUUUCAGGAAAGUUGGUACUCGAAGAAAGAUUGGCUUUGUGGUAGCUCAGAAAAGAAAGCAUUGUUCUGUUGGCCUUGUCUUUUGUUUCGCCCUGGAUCGUCAUCUUCAUGGACGCAGACGGGAUUCAAAAACAUGAAGAAUUUCCUAUCCGAUUCCAUACGUGAAGAGAUUCAGCGUCAUAACGAGGAGGUAAGGCAAAACAGGGAAAUGUUGAAAACCAUAACAGAAGCUGUUUUAUACUUGUCUAGGCAAGAGCUUGCAUUUAGGGGGCAUGAUGAAUCUAGUGGAAGCAUGAAUAGAGGAAAUUAUAGAGAGCUAAUUGAAAGUUUUGCCAAUUUGGAUUCUGUUUUUGAAAGGCGAUUACAUGGCAGGCUUGCUGAAACCCACCUUGCUGGGGGAGGGCGGUUUACUGGAGUCUCUCCUGAUAUUCAGAAUGAUUUGAUUGAUUGUCUUGAUAAGAUAAUAGAGGAUGGGACUUUAAAGGAAAUAGAUUGCUGCACUUUCUUAAGUGUACAGGUUGAUGAGGCAACUGAUGUUUCUACCUCAUGUCAUCAAUGUCUUGCAUUCCAACUAUGA